GCAUGGGCACCACGACCCCGCGAGCGGGGCGGGCCGCGGCCGCGGGGGACGUCUGAAAGCGAGGUCCCACCUAGCAGCAGCAGCAGCUGCUAAGUUCAUUAAUUAAACUAACCCAUCCAUUGAUUGAUUAUCAGUGGGCGUAAUCAUCAGUCUAAACCCCCCCCCCCUUAACAAUUGAGGAUUAUUAGCCUCUCAAGUCUCAACGAUGAUAGAUUAGCGUGCAACUAAUCGGCAGACGACCAUAGAUUAUUACCAGUAGCGGAAACAAAACAAUUUCCCUAGGCCGAGGCGGGUGCAGGCGAGGCGAGUACACACUCGCUGUUGCCGCUAUGCGCUAUGCGCUCCGCCCUUCUCAUCCUCUUCCACUUUAUUACGGCGGGGAGCUGUGGAUUGGUCGAUUGAUUUGAUUGAUUGCUUGAUUGGUUAAUUGGUUGAUUCUCCGACGGCGAGGAGAGGAGGAGGAGGAGGAGGAUACCAUCCAAUCCAGAGCUAGCUGAGCUCGCGGAUUGGGUGGUGGUGGUGGUGGAGCCCGGAGUGAGAUGCUGGAGGGCGAAUGUCCUCGCCGGCGGAGAAGUCGACGAGCGGCGGCGGCGGCAUGAGCAUGAACACGGUGACGACGGUGAUGGCCUUCUCCGUCAGCGCCUUCUUCGUGCUCUUCAUCUUCGUCAGGCUGCUCUGCGCCCGCAUCCACCUCAGGGCGGGCCAAUCCGCCGCCGCAGCCGCGGCGGCGCACGGCGACGCCUUCCCGGCCUUCAGCGUACGUGGAGCGCGGGAUCCGCGGGCUGGAGCCGGCGGUGGUGACGAGCUUCCCAACGGCCAAGUUCGGCGACGGCGGCUCGCGGCCUCGCGCGGCGGCGGCGCUGGAGGAAUCGCAAAAAAGCAAGACAAUACGGUUUCUGAUGUCGGCUUAAUUUGCUGUUGGGGGGGGGGGGGGGGGGGUAAAACUGACGUAAUCUUGGCGCGCGCGCGCAGGUGCCCGGUGUGCCUGGAGGAGUACGAGGCGAAGGACGUGGUGCGCGUGCUCCCCUCCUGCGGCCACGCCUUCCACGUCGCCUGCAUCGACGCCUGGCUCAGGCAGCACUCCACCUGCCCCGUCUGCCGCGCCUCCCUCCGCGCCGCCGCCGCCAACGCCAAGCACCCACCCCCCUCCCCCGCCGCCAUGCUGCCGCCGCCCCUCUACUGCCCCCCCGCCGCCGCCAGGCCCUCCACCCCGGCCCCCGCGCGUGCAACCUUCCGGCAGCAGCAGCAGCAGCUCUCCGCCACCGCGUCCUCGUCGUCGGACGCCGACGCGCUCCAACCGGCGGCAGCCGCAGACGACCGGCUGGAGAUCGUCGUCUCCGAUGAGCAGCCCGCGCCGUCCGCCGCCGCCGGCGGACAGGCAGAAGAACAUCCUCAUCCUCCUCCUCCUGCCGCUGCCGCGGGCCAUCGAUGACUACUGUUGCAUAGAGAGGCAGCGAAGCAGUGCUGUAGUCUGACACGUGUACCAGCUGUUAUACGCCAGAUGGAUGGUUGGUCGAGAAGGGAUUAUGAUGUGUUUAGGAUCACGUAGGGGCCAGUCUUGUUUAAUUGUUAUUAACAUUGUUUUUACAGGCUUCUGAUUUCAGUUCUAGUUCGAGCCAUGGUAGUUUUUUUUUCCCGCUUCGUAGUAUACUUGCAUGUACAUUCUUGAAUCCAAUGGACUUGAUUUGAUCAUUUCACAUGUUGUCCUUAUAAGAUUGGAAAAGUUGGUAUUUUUA